AUGUCCAAGGUGCCGCCGCUGCUGGAGCCGCUGCUGGGCCGGCUGCCGCCCGAGGCGGCGCUGGUGGUGGUGACGAGCGUGCUGGGCGCGAGCGCCAACUGGCUCGUCCUGCGGUGGGUGUAUGCGCUCCUGGGCGGCCGGCGGCGGGAGGACGAGGGUGAGGACGGGGACGGAGUUGCCGUCGUGUUGGUGAGCUUUAUGCGGGACGAGGCGUUUUGGCGCGAGGGCGGUGCGAGGAUGGGCCUCGACCUCGACGCCCACGCCCGCGCCGGCCGCUUCGUCCUCGUCGACGGGCUCAGCGCGCUCUUUGCGCCGCGGUCGGCUGGCCCCGGUGGGGGCGGCGUGCUCGGCAGCGCCGGGCUCGACGACGUGCGGCGCGGCAUCGAGGAUGCGCUGGGCGGCGUGCGCGGCCGCGCGACGGUGCUGGUUGUUGACCAGGUCGAUGCGCUGCUUGCGGCGGCGGGGCCGGGGGAUGGGGUGACGAGUUUGGCGGUGCAGAACAUGCUGCUUUCUCUGCGCGAGCGCGUGCACGCCACCAUCCUCACCCUCGCCGCCGACGACGCGCUGCUCCAUGGGCGGCGCGGCGCCACGCGGCUGGAGCGCGAGCACGCCGCGCUGGUGCUCUCGCAGGCGCACGCGGCGCGCGCCGUCGUGGGGCUGCGGAUGCUCGACACGGGCGCCGCGCGGGACGUCAGCGGCGUGGUGCGCGUGGCGGUGCGCGCCGACGACGACGAUGAUGCGCGUCGUGGUGGUUGGGCGGCGGCGGAUGCGAUGGCGGAUGUUGAGUAUUUGUACCAUGUGGCGGGUGACGGGGCUGUCAGGGUCUUUGAGAGGGGGGCGUGA